AUGUGCGUGCGAAACUUGGCCCGACCAUGGCUGUUGGCGGUUGCCUUUCCCGCCUUUGCCAUUGUGGCAGCGUCCAACACAGAGAUGCAGCUCGCUAUCUACUCCCGCAAUGCAACGGCAGUCAAAGAGCUGCUUGCCUCUGGGCAGACAGACAUCCGCACCUGGCGGAACCCGGAGUAUCACACAACUUUUGUGAUUGAUGCGGCUGUCAUUCCAAACAACACGGAAGUUCUCCGAUUGUUGCUCGAAGAAUGGCCGGAAGGAGCCUCUGCUACGGAACCCACCUACGGCUCAACACCGUUGAUCGCUACAUGCAGCUUUGGCACUUUUGAAAACGCGAAGGUGCUUGUGGAGAUGUGGCCGGAAGGAGUUCAGGCUGUCGAUCGGCUCGGCAAGACAGCCCUGCAUGUUGCCGCGGAGUUCGGCCAUCUGCACAUUCUUCAGCUUUUGCUCGGACAAUGGCCGGAAGGGUUGCACUUCGAGGACGACAUCGGCCGAACGCCCAUGAACUUUGCAGCAUGCAGCACGGUUCUUUGGCUUGGCUGCGACGAGACAAUGGUGCUGCCUCUGCCUUGGAAGGAGGCAUGGAAGGACGUAGCCCUGAACCUGGACUGCAAGCACUUGGACAAGCUUUCCAAGCCGAACCUGGAGCUGUGGCUCCAGUGCGGUGGGGACCUUCGGGUUCAACCUUUUGGGACGCCGCUCUUGGUCCACGUGAAGAACGAGGAGGCGAAGGACUUCUUGAAGGAGCGCAUGGCAUCGGGGUUGCUGGAGAAGAUCGUGGGAGACUGGCGCACCUGGGCAGCUCUGGGCACUGCGCUCCUUGCCUCUUUGGCAGUUGCUGGCCUGGAGCAGUUGUGUGCAAGAUGUUUUAGGCGAAAGCAGGGCGCGGCCGAGCGCAACCCCUUUGAGCUGGGCGCCCACGUGUUGGUGUGCAGGGCUUUGAAACGCCCGAAUGUGGCGCUUCGGAGGGCCUGGCGUUACCUUGAGAUUUACAUCUUCGUGGCAUUCGUGGCCGCCCAUCCACUUGUUGUAUAUUGGGCGACAUGGUUGCCGCUAGUGGCCGUGCUCUACAUCGUCCCCGGCAUCGUCGCCUUUGGUCCGACGGCCGUUAUCAGCAGCCCGGUUCUGGUCCUCACCACAAGCAAUCUGGCCAGCUAUGUGUUCGGCCUCCUGCGGUUGAUCGUCUUGGAGAGUCUUGCCCAUCUUGUGGAAAGCUAUCAGCUUAGCCGUUGGUUCCGGGCUGGUGACUUUCUUGAGGUGCGUCCAGUGGAUGCCUCCUAUUGGCUAUCAUGGUUGGUUGACCCGGAGUUUGUCACAUGGGUUGUGCAAAAACCGUGGGGGAUUUGGCAGGAAACCAACUUGCAGGACACCUUGCCGUGGGCACCAUCGGUGAGGGCCAGUGACUUUUUCGAAGCGCUCAAAAUUACCUUUGACGUUCUUUCGUGGCUGUAUGGGUCGUGCUUGCUGCUGGCAAUUCUGCACAGCUUAGGGAGGCGUCAUGCAACUCGAUGCUGUGGAGUCUUGGGCAGCAGGGGGCAAGAUGAGGCUCAGCUUGCAUGUCAAGACAUCCUUCGAAAGAAAUCCGAGGAGUUUUGCACGGUGAGCCCCAAGAUCAAACCAGUAGUGGGCUUUGGCUGGCCUUGGCGAGAUCCUGGCAUUUAUCCCAGAGUCGGACUCGUGUUGCUGGACAUCGUCCUCGACAUCAACACUGUCACUACAUUCCUCUCUGACCAGCGAUUCGUCUUUGCCGGGGUCAUGGCCUUCGUCAUAACACGAAGUCUGGUGAAGCAGAUGUGCAUUCUCAGGCCAUGGCAUCUCCGAAAGGCAAUCAAUGCCAGCAUCCAAAGAGGAAUUAUGCAGCAAGACCUCCUUGACUUCCUCAUGGAGGAAAAAGGUUCCGAGGCUAUUGGAGCUGCCUGGCUCACCGCUUGGUCGCUCUUUCUAUCAGCCUCCACAGCCUUUCAGAUGCUUGUGCAGCUGAUCAGCUUCUAUCUGAGCAUGCUUGGAGUUGCAGGCUACCUAGUCCAGGUGUGUGAUUGGGGGACCCCUUCCGUUCCUGUGCAUCUCGAGGAUGAUCCCAAAGAAGCAGCUGCUCCGUCGCCCGAUGAGGACCCCGAAAAGGCGGCUGCUGCAUCGCCCGAUGAGGACAAGGACAUGGUUGAGGUCUACUUCUGA